AUGGAGGCGUACUCCAAAGAUCUUGUUGUGUUGAAUGGUUUGGCGAGUUCAAGAAAACUCGCAACUGAGAGUGGUCAGCAUGAUACAGCAGCUGUACUAGACGCUCACAUCAUGAAGCUGGAGAAGGAAAUGAAUGAUGCUAUGACUGAGACGAGAAACGCCAUUCCUCCGAGCCAAGAUGGAACUCCUUGGUGGGUUGGGAAGUCGGAAUACCCAGACCUCACCUGCUGGUGGAUCGAGACGGCUGCUAUGCAUCGACUCAACGAAAGAGCAGAACACCGGAAAGAAGCAUCCUUGAACGCUUUGGUGAAAAAGAUUGACAAGAACUACGACGACAUGGAAAAGAAAAUUCAUGACCAGCCGGAUGAUGAGUUAAAUCAGAUGUCGGACGCUAUAGUGGAAUACAUGAAACGUGAGACUGCACCUAACGCUGUCGAACAGCUCAGCAGCUAUCUUGCUGAUCUCCGACCUGACGAGAGAAUCAAUCUGCGUAUUGUUAAAGAGCUCGAUUUACUGUCGAGAUGGAAAGAUAAUCAAGCUACGGAUGACGUUGGUAUCGGCAGCAUCGAUACUAAGACUCUGUAUCCCUCACAAAGAGAACUACUAGUCGAGGACGCUCUUCGUGCCUUAAGGGAUUACCGACAAGCACUCAUCGCAUACGGCUCUGAAUGCGAAAACAAAGCCGUGUUUGACCUGGUAUCUACAGCAUUGCAUAGAGAUGAAAAUCUCCCUAUGUGGGUUCCAGCCGUGCCAGAUUACAAAAAUGGCUCGAAAGAUUCGUGUUCUUGUGGCGAUGAGUGUAUCAUCGCUUCACUACCUCCCUUGCCAUCUCCACCUGACAUGCCAGACCUGUCGAUUGAAGAUGAAAAAUUGAUCGAACGCCUCAAGCAGUUUGAUGCCGAAGUCCGGGAUUGGUCGACAUACCUCCAACAAGAACUCAGAAGUUAUCGGCACUACCUUUCCACAGGAGGUCAAGUCAACCAAGAUGUGUUGAAAGCCACGAGAGACAUCAUAGCUCUAGCCAAGGGUAAGAGUAAGACAGACCCGCAAGUUAUUGAGGUGUUCUCCAGUCAAGGCUGUACAGGAUCAUGUCAAGAGACUGCCAUCGAGGAAGGGGAUCCGGAUAUUGACGAUAGAGAGCUGAAGGUACGCAAGUUUAAUGAGGAGAGAUUUCGGGCUUUGCCUGGAGAUCUUCAAGUCUUUAACGAGACGGUUUCUAAGAACAUUCAUCGAUUAGAAGUCGAUCGUCGGCUUUUUGGAACAGCACAGAUGCUGGUCGAGAUGGCGGGGGAGAGUUCAGAAGGGAAGGUAGAUGGAAGUGAAAAUGUCACUGAGGUAUUGGAAGGAUUAGUUACAGCUAAGGAAGAGCCCGAAGCCGAAGUUCGUGACACUCUACCUGGAAAAACACCUACGGCCACGACAAUCUCACUCAAUCUGGCCGAACAGGCAAAGGAGAUUGAAGAAGCCACUUUGGACUUGACAGGUGAAGUACAUAGUGACCUGGUAGUGGCGAGUGAGAAGAUUACUACACUGAUAAAACAGAGUGCCGAAGCCGGAAAAAUAGUACAAGACGACCCAAAGAUUCUAGACGAGGCAGAUAAACUCGUCAAGCUGGCCAAGGAAGAAAUCGCUAAUCCACCAAAAGACUUGACCCCAGAAGCCGAGCCACUGAAAAAGGAGAAGCGGAGGAAGACUGUGCGAUUUGCACAAAAGUUGGUGGAGAUACUUGGAGAGAUGAAGCCAUCAUCUUCAAAAAAGAAGUGA